GCCUACCGAAGGGGCGCGGCUUCUUGCUGCCAGGUCGCGUGUUUCCAGGUGUCGCAGGGGGUCCCGUAGGCCAGGCGUGAAAACUGGAGCCUGGGGGUUAGUCCCGGGGCGGAGAUGAAGGCACGCUGGGCCAGGCCCCGCCGCCUUCCCUCUUGCACUCAGCUUUCCAACGCCGACCCGAGCGGGGUGGGCGGUGUCGCGGGCGUGAUGUCAUCGCUGGGCGUCGCGCACAUCCAGAAGGAGCCUUGACCUCUCCGCGUGGGGAGCUGCGCCGCAAUGCUGCAGCUAGUACGGGCCGGGGCGCGGGCCUGGCUUCGGCCCACGGGCUGCCGGGGCUUGAACGCGCUGGCGGAAGAGGCAGUACCCCAGGCGGCGAAGCCAGAGUCAGUAGCUAGCGCGGGUCCCCAGGUGCCCGUGCUGCGCAGGUGCGAGCUCCCGGUACCCGCGCCCCGGCGUCCGGUGCAGGCCUGGGUGGAGUCCCUGCGCGGCUACGAGCAGGAGCGCGUGGGUCUGGCCGAGCUGCACCCCGAAGUUUUCUCCACAGCGCCCAGGUUGGAUAUCUUGCACCAGGUUGCCAUCUGGCAGAAGAACUUUAAGAGAAUUAGCUAUGCCAAGACCAAGACUAGGGCCGAGGUGCAGGGUGGAGGCCGGAAGCCUUGGCCACAGAAAGGCAGUGGGCGUUCCAGGCAUGGCAGCAUCCGCUCCCCGAUCUGGCGAGGAGGAGGCAUUGCCCAUGGCCCCCGGGGCCCUACGAGCUACUACUACAUGCUGCCCAUGAAAGUGCGGGUGCAGGGCCUCAAGGUGGCGCUGACCGUCAAGCUGGCCCAGGAUGACCUGCACGUUGUAGACUCCCUGGAGCUGCCGACCUCCGACCCCCAGUACCUGACCGAGCUGGCCCGCUACCGCCGCUGGGGGGACUCUGUGCUCCUUGUGGACUUAGCCCACGAGGACAUGUCUCAGAAUGUCGUAGCAGCCACCUCCGGCCUGAAGACCUUCAACCUGAUCCCGGCUGUCGGCCUGAACGCGUACAGCAUGCUCAAACACCAGACCCUGGUCCUGACCCUGCAGACCGUCGCCUUCCUGGAGGAGAAGCUGCUCUGGCAUGACUCGCGUUACACGCCCCUCUACCCCUUCCGCCUGCCCUACCGCGACUUCCCCUGAGCCCCAGUCCUCUGCCCUUUGGGGCCCGUCAGCCGCCCUCUUCCUGGGCCCCGCCGAGCCGGGUGCCUGCGCUGAGCCGGGCCAAGCCCCCUGCGGGCUCGGGAGUCUCGUGCCCACCCUGUGGGGGCAGAGCGGCGCCGCCUGGACCCCCCCUCAUCCCAGUGCGGCUGCGCACAGAGCGGCCGAGCGCCGAACUCUGGCCCCAAUUUUCACUUUCAUUUUUAAGGUGAAUCUUGUUUUUUAAUCAAAAAAGAGAAACAAAACAGUUCAUUGCCAUUUUGUAAAUAAUUCCACUUGGCAAGUCAAGCUCUUCCUCAGUGCUGGGUGCUGCUGGGUACCUCUCUCUUCAGGGGGCAGCCUCAGGGCUGUUUAUAGCAGUGACCCAAAGUCAGCUUCAGCAGGACGAGUCAGGCUCCAGGAGCAUGCAGAGGAGGGCCUAGCUAGCUGUCCAUAGGAACCGGCUCCCAGUGCCUCCCCCACUGCCCAGCACUGUACCCGAGAAUUCACAUCCCGAUUUGAUUCUACAAAUAGGAAGUGUAAACCUGAGCUUUCAUCAUCAUGAUUUCCCCUAAGCAGAGUCUGAAUCCCUGUGGUCAGUAAAUGAGCAAAUAAACACAUUUUUUUUU